AUGUCGGAGUUCGAUACUGCUGAAUCGAGAUCUUCAUCGAAAUGCAAUGAUCGAGUGACUCUGGAAUCAACUCAGGCCCGGAACCCAUCUCCCUCUUUAGCGUUGAACACUCAUCUUACUCACCCAGAACUCCCGACGAAGUUGAAUUCUGUGGGCGAUGAGAUCCAACCUUCAACCGAUAAUGGCCCAACCUCCACAUCACCUGCUGGAGUCGGUACAAAAGGUCCUUGCGCUGAAGCAACCUUAUCUCACACUCAAUCACCCAAAAUACAAUCAGCUCCAACAGGCUCUCUAAACAAUGCCUUGCACCCGGAACUUAGCGCGAAAGAAACUCGAGAGAAUGUACCUAUCGAACGGCCUCUAUUUGCUCCAUUCUUCACCCUCAUCAGCACCGGCGAAACUACUGUGCAUCCAAGGCAAGUUCAUUAUCUUUUUAGCGACGAUGAAGCUAGUGAGGUACUUACCUCUGUUCUUUUACGAUCAUUGAACCAAGAAGUGCCAAUGCCUGCCUCAUCGCCGACUGAUUUAGAAAGCUCGAGUCACGAGAUAGAGCCUGAAAGUGAAAUGUCGUCGGGCAGCUCUAAUACCGCCUCGCUUGAUGUUUAUGGCCUAAAAACAGGGAAAGAGUUAGACUCGUUAGAAUCUGGAGUGGGGCAGGUUGUAAUUGUUGACGUGAACGCCAGUGGGACGGGUGUUGUGGGUGUGAGUAGCUUGAGUUCAAAAUGGCAAGUUCUUGAUGCCCACAUUGAAAGGGCCCCUACCUGGAAUGGAACGGAUGAGGCCAAAGCAGGAAGCCCCGACGAUAUUCUUAGCAAUAUGAUGCUGAAAAUUGAGGGUAUCACAAAUAGUGAAGAUGCCGGCGGUGACACCAUCUCGCAUGGUAUGCUAGCAGGUGUAGGAUUUGGUGGCUACGGUGGAAAAAUUCCGAAGGUCGAGACAUCAUCAAAUUGUGAAGAAGAGAUGCACGCUUUACUAGGGGAGUUUGACGAGAAGAUGUUGAUGAUGAGACGUGUCAUAAGAGCUCACUCAGCCCUUGGCUCAAGGGAUGGCCCUAAUAGGGGUGCUCCACACAAUUGA